GUUCUUGUAGCCAGGAACUGGCGGCGCUGCAGCCCUGAGAGCGUGACUCCGCAGUAGCGGCUCGGUUCGGUUCGCUGUUUGUUGUUUUUACCUCUUAAUCAGUGAACAGGUAGUUAAUAUGGGCGAUGAUGAAGAGAGGUAUGACGGGAUGCUGCUCGUUAUGGCGCAGCAGCACGAAGGAGGAGUUCAGGAGUUGGUUAACACCUUCUUCAGCUUCCUCAGACGAAAGACUGACUUUUUUACUGGAGGUGAACCCGGAGCUCCAGAGAAGCUGGUGAAGGAGGCGUUUGCCCAUCACAGUCAGCUGGCCCUCAAAGUCCAGAAGGAGAAGCAGUCCAGGCAGGAGAAGGAGAAGAAGGAGAAAGCGGAACGAGCCGCUAAGCUGAAGGCUGAAGAGGAGAGGAAGAGGAAGGAGGCGGAGAACGAGCCCAGGAUUAAAGAGCUCACAGACGAGGAGGCGGACAGGCUGCAGACGGAGAUAGACCAGAGGAAAGUCGAGGAGAAGAAAGUGGAGCAGGCUGCUGCUGCAGAAUCAUCUGAUAAGGCAGACAAGCAGUCUGACUCAGACGGAGAGGAGGAUGAGAAGGAUAAGGGGAAGAUGAAGCCAAACUCUGGAAAUGGAGCAGAUCUGACCGACUACAGAUGGACACAAACCCUGUCGGAAGUGGACCUCCUGGUGCCUUUUGAUGUGAAGUUCCGGCUGAAGGGGAAAGACGUGGUGGUGGACAUUCAGAGACGGUCUCUGAAGGUGGGCUUAAAGGGCCACCCGCCCGUGAUUGACGCCCCGCUGUAUAACGAGGUGAAGGUGGAGGAGAGCUCCUGGCUGAUUGAGGAUGGCAAAGUGGUGACGGUCCAUCUGGAGAAGAUUAAUAAAAUGGAGUGGUGGAACAAGUUGGUGACCACAGACCCUGAAAUCAACACCAAGAAGAUCUGCCCGGAGAACUCGAAGCUGUCUGAUCUGGAUGGUGAGACACGCAGCAUGGUGGAGAAGAUGAUGUACGACCAGAGGCAGAAGUCCAUGGGUCUGCCCACGUCUGAGGAGCAGAAGAAGCAGGACAUCCUGAAGAAGUUUAUGGAGCAGCACCCUGAGAUGGACUUCUCUAAAGCCAAGUUCAGCUGAGAGCUGCUGACGUCCUUCCUGUGGAGAAGCUCCAACACGUUGAGCGCUUAAACUAAAUCACAGCAUUUCCAUUAUUUCUGCUCUGUAACAGUAAAUGACUGUACACUGUCUCACGUUCCACAUGUUCCUCUGUUCUAUUUAAAACGUUUGCAAUUUUUUUAAAAUAAAGACGUUUAAAGGCAA